AUGCGAAGGCUAUUUAGGAACUUCCUGCGCGUUGUGAACGCCCGGGAGAAAAACGAGCUGGACGAUAGCGCCCUCCGGGAACUGAAAAGAUGGGGCCGGGAAAAGGUCCUCCGGAAUGACCAAGUGCUGGAGGAGUACCUGACCUAUCGGCAGGUGUUGCACGACUGCUCCAAAUUUUUGAGCGAAAAUGAAGAGAAGAGCGAGGGAGACAAAAUCGAGACGGUGGCAAAUUAUGUGGGCCUCACAACGGUUGCCGCGAAAAGGGGCAGAAGUACCCAUGUGCAUACGUGA